GUGUUUCCUCCAGCUGCGCGAUACAAGUUUUUCUGGCGUGCAAGAACGGUGUGUCAGUGUAUGUCUUUGCGUGUCCGAGGCCAUGUGGUUCAGUCGCUGACGGCCCCACUACCAGGUUGUACAUUGAUCAACUGUUGCCUGCGGAACGUUCACGCGUACAUGAGCAUGAUGGCAACACGAUUUACCAUCGUUGUUAUGCUGCCGCUGUUGGCCUGGGGGUACCGGGACUCGUGGAAGGCUUAUUCUACCUUGGAAGAAUCUGCAGGCUCACCCGUCCAAGCCAUCGUGACCCAGCGCGAGCCAGUCGCAAUAUUGCCUCUCGUCGUUUUCUUUGCGCUGCUCCUCUGCUUGCUUGCUGGUGGAAGCUUUCUGGUGCAGAAGAAAACUGUUUCGGGCCAGACGAGAUCGCAGGAGAGCGCAUCUGAAGGCCAGCAGGCAGAUGACAGUACCGCCAGCGAUGGACACUCAGUUGUGAAUUCAGUCUGGUGCUAUUGCGUCAUGUUUCUCUCAGUGCUUAUUCCCGACCUCGCUGCGGUGUUCGUUUACUCGCCCGUGGGGCUGGGACCAGAAAUCUACGACGGUGUUGCGAACACUUACUCGGACAGCCUCGGCGACCGCAUUGUGAUCGUCUCGGUCUGCUGGUUGAUAGUGAUGUUUGUGUUCGACAUGUUCGACAGCGACACGUGGGGCUAUGGAGUAAAAGCAGUCGUCCGCUUUCUCAGCUUCUGGAUCCUGGUAGCACUGAUUUUCUAUGGCUUCACUCUCAAGUUUGUGAAGUAUCCAACAAUGCCCCUCAUGAUGUGCAUGCUCGCCACGGUGUGCCUCCUCGCCGUCAGGCGCGCCCGGUGGAGUGAGGCGACCGUGGCCCUGCCCCACUUCUACUUGGCAGCGGGAGCCUGCUACGGCACCUGCGCGACCGCGAUGCUCGUGGUAUGGGUCGGCUGGAUCAAGAGUGCAGACGGCGCACGGGAUUUGUGGUGGAGCGCGGACACCCAACGCUGGCUGGUGAACAAGUACGCCGAGGUCUAUCGGGUGCUGGCUCCCGGAGAGUUGGCGCUGGAGCCGUCGCCGCCGGAGCUGCAGGAGUACUGCCUCCACAAGACGCUGAUCCACACCAACCUCGUGAGCACGAGCACCCAGGACCUGGUCGCCAGCGCCUGCGAGAGGGCAUCCGCUGUCGUAUUCGCGCAGUGGGCUGGGCCUCUCAUGAUCUUGUCGUGCAACCUGCUCGGUGCGGGCUUCUGCUGGAUGUUCUCCAACACAAUUGCGAAUAUCUCCACCGGGUCGGAGAGUGCGGCGGUCCAGAACAACAAGAAGGCGUUCGCCACAUUCUUGAAGCGUUUCCUGCUCACCAUCGUGCUCUCUGUGGCAGUCAUGAAUGCCUCGCUCUACGUGUCCGGCGCCGCUGCGAAACUGGGCUCCGAAAUGACGGUCUUGGCGUGUGCUUCGCUCUUCGUCAUGGUCCUGUGGCUGACCUUGGAGGUGGAUACGCAGACCCUCAACGAUAUGAAAGAUGCUACGCCACUUGUGAAGAAUGUCAUCAGCAUUUUGCAGUCCAAUUGGGCGAAGGCGAUCGCUGUUGGAGGCCUGAACGUAAUGAUUCCCUUGGUCAUGGCUCUGGACAAGGUGCGCCAGCAAGUACGGAAGAACUGCACCAAGAACGGCACAGAGAGCGGGAGUGACGACCAGUUCAUGCGAUCCCGAUCCCACAGUAGAUUUCUAGAGUCCGUGGAUAGUUGGGAUUGGACAGAUAUCUUGUGCAAGGUGUGCGUGGUGGCAGAAGUGUUUGUCAUGCUCGCAGUCGGCUCGAAGGCAACGUUCAUCUUCUUCUCCUACCUGAAUGGAGAAAUCGAGGCCGCGGGGCUACAGAUGGGCACAAUCUUCGUGAUGGUGUGGAUUAUCGGGAUGGUAAUGUUCUUGAACCCCAUCGUCCCUGGGAGUGCGGUCUAUCUGUUCGCUGGCGUCGUGAUUGGAGCACAGUCACAGAAGGAGGGCUCCGUCGGCAUCUGGAGCGGCCUGGUGCUGGCAUGCAUCGCGGCAAGCGCGGCGAAGUUUGUGGCGUGCCUUGGCCAGUAUGCGCUCGGCUAUUUCAUGGGCAAGUCUGUGAAAGUGCAGCAGUUCGUUGGCGUGACCAAGGUGGGCGUCUUGGCCACGGAGGCAGUACUGAAGGAGGAGGGCUUCAAACUGUCCAAGGUGUGCAUCUUGGUGGCAGGCCCUGACUUCCCAACGAGCGUGCUCUGCGGCAUACUCCGGCUGGACAUUCCCCAGAUGCUUCUUGGUACAGUUCCAGUCAUCUUCGUGAGCAUCAUCCCGCAGACCCUCGUGGGUGUCUUGCUGACAAAGGAGGGCGCCACUGAAGGAAUGUGGAGUGUGAUCGCCACUGUAGCCACAGGACUCGCUGCUGCUUGCCAGGCAGGCGCCACCCUCGUCUUCGCCUACGGCAUCAUGGAACGAGUCGAUGCGUCGGGGGAGGAGCUUCUGAAGACGCAUCGGCCGGAGCACGACGAGGUGCGGAAGCUUGUGGAGAAGGAGGCGGAGUACGUGAAGGCAUACGGCGAGGUAUCCGAUUGGGGGCAGAUGGGCACACCCGCGCAUGCGACGCUCCUGGUGACCGUGGCGCUCUUCUUGCUCUCUGGCUUCAUCAUCGCCCUCGACGCCGUGGCCGCGGAGAAGAUCUGCUUCCGGGAGUUCUACAUCACAGACAGCAUCGAGAGCCGCCACGACCUGGGCGGCUUGGACGGGAAUGUGCUCAGCGUGGUCCUCGCGCCGUGGGGCUGGCGCGCACUCGGCCUCGCGGCUGCUGCGCUCGCGCUGCACUUCGGGUUCGGGCAGUGGCUGGCGGCCUCGGCGCGAGCUGCACUGAGGGGGCCCGGCCACAGUGAGCCGCCCGAGCCCAGCCACAGUGAGCCGUCGGGCAGUGCCGCUGACUGAACUCGUGGACUUGCAGAUUCCUUUGCCACGAAGGAGCAGGGGCUUUUGAGGGACAGGGCCUGUGGUUUGUUCCCCUGGUCUUCGGCGUCUCGGGGCUCUUCCCAGGGCCUGGGACCCUCUCAAUCAGCCUGGCGAAGGACCCAACCGUCUGCAAUUGUGAUGACCGCC